ACUCUCUAUCAAUGAUUGAUGACACUGACUUAUUGAAUCCCUCCAUCACCACGCCCGUUGCUGGACAACUCGGUGCUGGAGCACGGCGCCGCUGUUUGGCGGUGUCACGGGCAAAAUUGAGCCCGGGCAUCCACAUGCCUCUGUUAUCUUAGCUCAAGCUCGUGUAUAUGGGGCUCUUUUCGACUAGAGCUAGCAUGAUCAUCAUUCCUUAUUAUGGGGGGGGAUCUUGAUUAUGAUAUCAGGUGGCUUGAGAUUUCUCUCAAGACAGGCUCACUCCCAGAAAACAUAGUUACUACCACAUCUACAACACCUUUCAAGAACAAAUAUGACAAACACAGAACACAGAUGAAUAUGGAGGCGGGCAACAGGAUCUAUGUAGAUCAUAUGUAAAUCCCGUUGAUUUUAUUGGUACCGGUAUGCCUUAUUGGGAACAACUAAAGAGAAAUAAAAAGAACAAGUGCAAUAGUAUAAAACAAACAAAAGGAAAGAAAAAGGAAAUGCAAAAAAAAAGACCAAAUUAAGCUAUAGUGAAGAAAACAAAGGAAAAGAAAACAGAAAAGCAAGUCUGUGUAAGCAAAGUGUACAGAAAAACAGCUCAGUGCAGAGUGAAGUAGCCAAGUGUGUGUAGGGAAGUAUCUAAGUGUGAAGAAAAACCAAGGACCUAAGAAGUGAUACAAAGCAGAACAGGUCAAAAGAAGAAGAAGAACACUGAAAGGUAGUGGGACCUUGCCUGCCCAAGAGAGGAGGUCCAGCCUCACGUGAACGGUUCCACAGUUACUCUGAGUACUGCUUGCUUGCUUGCUUAAACUGGAGAUAGGAGACUGCAAGCACAACAAGCAGCUUCAGCCAAUGCUACAAUGGAUGUUUUUGGCAUGCCUUCAAUAGAGGUCCUGGAAGAAGAACUUGAAGAACCCUUACUAGAAGUGAAGAUUCCACGUAUAAUAGCCAAAGAUCGCAGUGACCCUUUUCAAGGUCUCUCUGAUGAGGAGUUCCUGGAGAGGUAUCGUCUCCCCAAGGAUACAACAAGAGACCUUAUUGAAGAGGUCAGGCCUCGUGCACAUGUGGACAAAAUGGGCAGAGGAUGUGGAAUUCCUCUGAAUCUCAAGAUGCUCGUCACCCUGAGAUACCUGGCCACAGGCAAUUUCCUCCUGACCAUAGCAGAUUGCAUAGAUAUUGCAAAGUCAUCAGCCUGUAGAGCUGUUGGAGAGGUUGUACAACUGAUAGCAUAUCUGGCACCUGACUACAUUCAGUUUCCUCCACCAGAGGCAGCACACCAUUUGGCUGAAAAGUUUCAUGAUGUUGGUGGUAUGCCAGGUGUAAUUGGAUGUGUAGAUGGGACCCAUAUCCCAAUACAAAGUCCCGGUGGGGAGAAUGCUGAGGAUUAUAGAUGCCGUAAAGGUUUUUUUUCAUUAAAUGUUCAAGGUAUUUGUGAUUCUGAUAUGAAGUUCACAAAUAUUGUUGCAAGUUGGCCUGGAAGUGUCCAUGAUGACACAAUAUUUGAAAAUUCUCAUGUGUGUAACAUUUUAGAACAGGGAAAUUACAAUGGUUUUUAUUUGUUGGGAGAUAGUGAAUAUCAGUGUCGAGAAAAUUUAUUAACUCCCAUACCAGAGCCAAAAAAUGAAAAAGAAAGAAACUAUAAUGCUUCUCAUGCAAAAACGAGAAACUGUGUGGAGAGAGCAUUUAGUAUAUUAAAAAGAAGAUUUGCCUGUUUAAGUAUACCACUUCGCACCAAGCUUACAAAUUCAAAACGUAUUGUGAUGGCAUGUGUGGUCUUGCACAAUAUUGCAGUAUCAAGAAAGGUUGAACUCUUGGAUGAUGAAGUUUUGCCACAGGAAAACAUAGAAUUGAUUAGAGGUGAAGAAAUUAUUGAAGAAGUUGGUGUCACACAAGGGAGAGAUUCUGUAGUUCAGAGAUGGUUCUAACACCAAGGGAAGCCACAGCACGUGCAGCAUCAGCUGGACGUGUCGGAUGGGGAGAGGUGGUGUCCAUGGCCUGCGCACCAUUCUGCUGUUGUGUCAGCCAUGUGCCAGAGGUGGUCAAGGGGCAUUUUGGCAGGA